AUGGUUGAUACGAUUCUUGUGGCCGUGGAAGCAGAAGCCCAAGAAGAAAUGCAACUGGCAGGUCAAAGGGUUCAGGACUUCAUCUCAAAAGAAAAUAGAGAGCAAGCUAAUGAUGACACUGUUAUGGAUAUAGCUGUUUCUUUUGACAAGACUUGGGCGAAGCAGAGAUUUGCAUCCUUAAUGGGAGUAGUUUUUGUUAUUGCAUUGGAUACAGGGGAAGUUCUAGACUACCAUGCCCUCUCAAAAGAGUGUCGAAAGUGUGUGAUGAAGAGAAGUGUAGUGUCACCAUG